AAUGCAUCGAAAAUAAUUUCUUUCCGUUAUAAAAGAGAAUUAUAUUCUGAAAGAGAUGGUAUUAAUAUACUUAAUGGAUUUCAAGACAUCAAUAAAUUAAAUUUUGAAGAUGUUCAAGAUAUAAAUUUCUUUUCUUUUCAAUAUGAAUUUGAAACAAUGUGGUUUGUUGUAAUUUUGGAUACUUCCAAAUUAUCUUUAUAUCAAAUAAAUAAUGGAAGUUUUUACAACAUUAAUGAUUAUUUUGUACGAAAUGGAACACAAAUAAUUGUAAACAGUUGUACUUAUGGAGCCCUUUUUAUAAUUCAAAAUCAAAAUGGACCAGUACUUAUCUUAAGUUUCACUAAAAUUUUAAACAAAUAUUACCUGCAACAAAUUCAGGAUCUUGAAUUAAAUAAUACGACGCAUUUAUCGAUAUGGAAUGGAAUGAAUCAAUUACGCUUAGCCAUUGUUUCUCAUUCAAAUAUUUCAAUUUAUACUUGGUUUAAUAAUUAUUUUGAUCUAAUGCAAAUCAUUAAUAUUAGUACAAAAAAAAUAAUUCCUUUUCAAAGUAAAGGAUUCAUGUAUUUAGCAGUAACUGGAUCCACCACAUUGAUUUUUAAAUAUUUUUUAAAAUCUAAUAAAUUUUUAAUCAUACAAAGGUUACCAUCAAGUCAGGAUGUCUCUUAUUUUCAAUUAAAUAAACAGCAUUUCAUGGAAUAUUUUUUAACUUUAUCAAUGAAAUCUUCUAUUAUUAUUUAUAAAGAAUUACACAAUCGUUUUGUACCAUUUCAACAAAUUUCUUUUAGCAAGAUUAUUGUACCAAUUAUUUCAAAUAAAGCUAUUGUAAUUUUAACUUUACAUAAAGACACUAUAAUAGCUUAUCAAUAUGAUGGUUGGAAAUUUAUAAAAAUAAAUACAAAAUUAUUUGGAAUUAUUCAAUAUAAUCCAAUAAUAUUAUAUGGAAAAGAAUUAUUAUUAAUUAAAAAUAAAAAUAAUAAAUGGACAUUAAAACAAUUACUUUGGAUUAAAAAAAAAUCUUACAAAGAUUUACAAGAAGAUAUAAGAAUAUGGAAUUUCAAUAUCAAGAACAAACUUCAAAAAAUAGCAAAAGAAAUUCCAAAUUUUAAGAGUCCCAUUAAAAUUUUGAAGGGUCAUAUUGAUCAACUUCAAGUUCACAAUAUAAAUGAAUAUAACUUUGAAACAUUGAAAAAUGUAUCAAAACAGUACAAUAGAUUGAUCAAUAAAUUUCAAAAAUGGAACAAUAUUACACUGCAAAGCCCUAAGAAAUGGAUUACUGUGAAUUUUCAAAAUAUUAGUGUUAUAUCAGGAAAGAAGCAUAUUUUUCAUAAUGUACAGAUAACAAAGUUUUCUUAUGACAAUUUAAAAUUUGCACUAUUUGAAAAGACUUAUAGAUAUAUGGAUUGA